AUGGCGGCGGUCGAGAUUUUCAAAUUCCCCAUAUCCUCCCCGGCUGAUACGACGCCGCUGGACAGGCUGAAGGACGCUGGAUACGAUGCAUCCCAGAUCCUGGCUGUGGUAGGCAAGACGGAAGGCGUGUUUUCCCCUCUCUCUAUCCCUCCCUCCACGAAAGGGGCGCAAGAAUACAAGUCCUGA